AUGUUAAAACUUAAGCUCAGGCGCCAGAGUCUGUUUGCGAAUUAUAAAAUAAGAGACAGCUUAAAUGUACCUCAGCACCAAGGGAACGAUUUGGCAUAUGAAAAAGAAUGUUCCUUGAAACCGUGGAGCUCCAUGCAAGAACUUGGGUCGGAUAUUUAUGAAAUUAAUUAUGACGAUGUAGAUUCUGAUGAUGAGUUACCGACUAUUCCCCAACACAGCGCAAAUUCUACUUCAAAAGAUUAUGAAUUGAAUAUUAAUGUUGGAGGCAAAGUUUUCCAGAUUGCCUAUAUUGCUGCAGCCCGCUUUCCUAAGACCAGAAUUGGAAAAUUGGCUACUUACACCGAUUCCACGAGGAAGUUAGAUUUGUGUGAUGAUUACAGCACUCUAAACAACGAAUAUUUCUUUGAUCGUGAUCCUGCUAUCUUCCACCAUAUCUUUAACUUCUACAGGACGGGCGUUUUGUGGAUUAAAAAUGAGCUCUGUCCCAGAAACUUUCUCGAGGAGAUCCACUACUGGGGUAUACGCAUCAAAAACACCAACAGGUGCUGCCGAAUCUCCUUCGAAGAGAGACAAGAUGAAUUGAAUGAGCAACUAAAGGUCCAGCGAGAGCUGCAAGCUGAACUCGAAGUGGAAGAAGAUGAGGAGCACUUCAGAGACUUGAAAUAUGGUCACCAUAGAAGAGUCAUCUGGAACUUAAUGGAAAAGCCAUUCUCCUCAGUUAUAGCUAAGAUGAUGGCUGUUGCUUCCAGUAUGUUUGUAUUAAUCUCCAUUGUAGCCAUGGCCUUAAACACAGUUGAAGAGAUGCAAUACAUAAGUGCAGUUGGUCAGCUGAGCGGACAUACCUACAUGGAGCACGUAGAGACCAUUUGUAUCAUUUUCUUUACGGCAGAAUACCUGUUAAGAAUAGUGUCCACACCAGACAUUGAGAAGUUUGCACGGAGUGCUCUCAAUGCAGUUGAUCUCAUUGCAAUCCUGCCCUUUUAUCUCCAAGUCACCUUGGAAUGUUUUGAGGAUGAAGACUAUGGGAGACAUGACCAGGAUAUUGAGAAAGUAGGCAGAGUGGGAAAGGUUGGCCAAGUGCUGAGGAUCAUGAGAUUGAUGCGAAUUUUCCGGAUUUUAAAACUUGCGCGGCAUUCCACUGGUCUGAGGGCCUUUGGCUUCACACUGAAACAAUGUUACCAACAAGUUGGCUGUCUUUUCCUGUUUAUAGCCAUGGGCGUAUUUUCCUUUUCUGCGCUGGUCUUCUCUGUGGAACAUGAUGUCCCAUGCACUAACUUCACCUCCAUACCUCAUGCCUGGUGGUGGGCUGCGGUUAGCAUUUCCACAGUCGGCUACGGAGACGUCUACCCAGAAACAGUGCUUGGAAGGAUUUUUGCUUUUGGCUGCAUUGCUUUUGGGAUCAUUUUGAACGGCAUGCCAAUCUCCAUUCUCUAUAAUAAAUUCUCUGACUAUUAUUCACAGCUUAAAAGCUAUGAAUAUACAACAUCAUCAAAACAGCGAGGAAAGAUCAACUUCUCAGGAAGAGCGUUGAGGAAGAUGCUGGAAUGUUGUGGAGGGGUCCCACACCAUCACUUACCAAGGGAAGAAUAA